UGUCAGUGCUGCUGUCUUACUUUGGCAAGGCAGGUCAGACGACACGCGAGGUAAUAACAUGCGGUCGCCAACGCGCUUAAAUUUUUUGACGCACCGAACGCUCUGUUCGGUUCAGCGUGGAUGCAACACAUUUGUCGCAAAUUCACUAAGCAAUCUCAAAUCCUUUGUUUGUAUAUUUAUUUCCAAUAGAAUGGCUGACGAAGGGACGACAGAGCACCGUGAGUUGGUUACUACUGCGUCCUCAGACGCGCAUGGCGCAAUGGACUGGCUUUCCACUUGAGGACACAGAGAACCCUGCGAAAUACAACUCAGUACAUAAGAACCACUCCGUCCCGUUAUCUCUUGGGGAGAUUAUGUGGAACUCGACCGAAUCGGAGGGAACAUCCGACGGUGGAAAGGAACUGGUCAUCCGGACAGUGACGGGCUGUUUGCUCUCACUGCUCAUCCUAUGGACACUGCUGGGAAACCUUAUGGUGUGCUCUGCCGUGCUACGAAUUCGGCAAUUACGAAGUAAAGUGACCAACAUUUUCAUCGUUUCUUUGGCUGUGUCGGAUUUAUUCGUUGCAAUUCUGGUGAUGCCAUGGAAAGCUGUGGCUGAGGUGGCGGGGUAUUGGCCAUUUGGCACUUUUUGUAAUUACUGGGUGGCGUUUGACAUUAUGUGCUCAACUGCGUCUAUCCUCAACCUCUGCAUUAUCAGCGUGGAUAGAUACUGGGCCAUAUCAAGUCCAUUCCGCUACGAGAGAAAAAUGACCCAACGAGUUGCCUUUGUGAUGAUAAGCGUCACGUGGACUUUGUCUGUUCUCAUUUCAUUCAUACCCGUCCAACUGAACUGGCACAAAGCCAGCGAAGACGAAAUAGUUAGAGCGCAUAACGCCUCCUUGGGUCAAGUAGAGGAAAACUGUGACUCUAGCCUCAACAGAGAAUACGCCAUAUCGUCAUCUUUAAUAAGUUUCUACAUACCCGUAGCAAUUAUGAUUGUGACAUACACGAGAAUCUAUCGGAUUGCUCAGAUCCAAAUCAGGACUAUAGCUUCCCUAGAGCGCGCGGCAGAGCACGCCACAAGUUGCAGGACCAACAGACUCGAGUGCCAACACCACAAUACCUUGAAAACGUCUAUUAAAAGGGAAACCAAAGUUUUAAAAACGUUAUCGAUCAUUAUGGGUGUUUUUGUGUGUUGUUGGUUACCUUUCUUUAUUUUGAACUGCAUAGUUCCAUUCUGUGACAAACCACAGACUGACCAAGAUGCAGGUCUCCCGUGCGUCAGCGAGACAACAUUUGACGUCUUUGUGUGGUUUGGCUGGACUAAUUCAUCCAUGAAUCCUAUUAUUUACGCUUUUAACGCAGAGUUCAGAAAAGCAUUUGCCAGUCUGCUGGGUUGUCGUAAUUUCUGCUCCAGCACACCAGUUGAAACGGUGAAUAUUAGCAACGAGUUGGUCUCCUACAACCAGGACACACUUGUCCACAAAGAAAUCGUGAACGCCUAUGUCAAUAUGAUCCCCAACGUAGUGGAAUGCAUUGAGCACGAGGACACGUUUGACAGGAUAUCACAGUUAACUCACAACAAUGAAAAUGGCACCGACUCCGUUUGUGACUUGGGCGAUUGCGAGGAAGAGAUUAGCAUCGAACGGACGACACCAUUUACCCCCAAUGGUUUACAUUGAAUUCCCUUGUCUCACCUCGUGCGUAAGAGGAUGUGUUGCUUCAAUCAGAUAUUUGACAUGUGGUGUUGUUGUCCCAUGCUGAAAAGUGACGUAAAUUUGUGUCUUAUAAGAGUAGACACUAGUCUUUGUUUAUUCAUAUGAUCUCUAAAGGUUAUAGCUUCUAUGUAUUUGGAGCAGCAGAUGUAUUGAAACCGGUUGCUCCAAUUGGUACAAGUUCCCCAAGAUGGUAUUCAGAAAUGACUGCUUAUCCAUUAUCCGAUCAAUGACAGUGGGACCGCCGUCCUACAGACUAUGGAAAAUAUGGUAAGCCUUACAGGCGCAGUGUAACCACAUGCAGUUGUAUAAAUGCCUUAUUUAUUAUGGGAAAGAGUGCAAUAUCGUUUUUAAACAAGGGGAAUGUUAAAGGAUUACAAAAUGUUUAAUUUACAUGAGGCAAAAAUAUUAAAAGUGCUUACUCUCUCUCUGAUGUCUCGCGCACAAACACACACACACAAAUCUCCCUGCUCUGCACGUACUCUGAAGUAACUGCACAUUAGACAAAGCAUUCUCAAUCGAAUUAUGCACCUGCAGCAGCAGACUUCUUAUAGGCUUGACUUUACCCAUAAUAAAUCCACACCGGUCCAAAGCUAAUUAGGAACUGUUGGAAACCUUCCUUUGAGUGAUUAUGGCGAACAGCUGCCAAGUAUGACAAGCUUAAGGCCAGGUACCACACCCUAAUAGGGUAACCCCCCCCCCC